UUUUUUAUUUUUUUUAAGAUUACAAAGUAAAUGCGUAAAUAUAGUUUUUAAAAACCUAAGGCUUUCAAACUACAUUUUUUGUUAGUAAGAAAAUUCUACUUUUUCGCGGAAGAUCAUUUUAUCCUUAUUAACAUCAGCUUCUGUGGCUCACUAAUCUCUCCCAAAUUGGAAAAAAAGAAGGUAACAAAUAUGAAUGCCAAUGUCAAAAUGGUAAUCUUUCUUCCUUUUUUGAUGAUUUUCUUGAUGAUCAUAAACAACUUUGAUAAAAACGUUCCGAAAUUUACAAGUCUUAGAAAAUUCUGCGAUAAUAAAUUAUGUAAUUUUAAUAAUAGAAGUAAAGGUCUAACUUUGUCCAUUGACAAUACAGUAAUACAUCAGCACGCGAAUUUCUCAUCACAGGAAACGGAUUUGGGAAAUACUAAACACUUGCAUCUAUUCCGAAAUUUUGCAAACAUUUCAAACGUAGACGACUUGGUAUUAAAGGCCUUUUACUAUACAACAGAUGCACUAAUUGUUAUUUCACUUCUAACAAACUUUAUCAGUUUUGGAAUAAGUAUUGGCAGUGAAUUUUCGAAAGAUUUUCUUCGACAAAGUACAAGCCGUUUUGCUAUUAAGGAAUCGUUGCAACUUGCAAUUCCAAUUCUUCAGGGAAUAAUUACAACAGAAAUUGUCACGAAAACAUCAAAACUUAUAACGAAACCAGUAAUGGCAAAAGUUAAUUUUUCUCCGACUGAUCGAAAAGAACUCUAUUUUAAAUUCUUUCAUCAUAGAUAUUAUUUAAUAGAUAAUCAGUUUAUUGGAAAAUGUAAUAAGACUACUGCAAUGCACAUUUUAAAACAUUAUAGCUUUUCUACACUCCAAGAGUUAUCUAUUUUCGCGAGGGAUCUCAACAAAUUUGGAUUCGCUCCUUCAACAUACGAUAAUCAGUGGCUAAAUAAUCCUAAGUUGUAUGAAAAAUUAAGGUUUUAUUCGUAUGUGGAAAUUGGGUUAUACCAAAGGAAAGCAAUUGAACUUAUUGAAAAUAUUUAUAGCCAAGAAGAUAUUAGUUUAAUAAACAUUCCCCCAGGAUCUGCGUUUGAUGAUUAUAUGGCUAAUAAACUAUUUGACACUAUUUCCUUUGACGAUUAUUAUGCGAUAAGAAUUUUUUUGUCUGAUCCUAAUGCAAACACAGAUUCUGAUACUCCUCAUUUUUGGAGAAUAAAAAAAGCUAUUUAUAGCUUAGCAAUUCGACAGUACGAUUCAUUUAAAAAAGCAGAAAACAAGCAAAUAAUACUGUAUUGCAAAAGAACGAAUGACAUUCAAAAAACCACUUUCGUUAGUUCAAGGCAGAGAAUAUUGUCAACUAAUGGAUUUCUUUAUUGCAAUGAAGACAGUAGUGAAUGGGAUUAUUAUUCUCAAAUUUUAUCUGAAGAAAAUGAAUUACAUAUACCUGUCUCUUUGCAAUUUUUUAAAAUAAUACUGAAGUUUCCAUUUUUAGUCCUUGAUGUGAAAAACAUUGAUGCACAUUCCAAGCAUUACAUAAUUCUUCCUUCAACUAAGUUUAAAUUAAUUCAGGAAAAAUUUACUUUUAUUGAUCAAACUAAUAUUCAUUUUUUAAUUAUACAGUCCUAUUAUAAAAUAAUCCGAAAUUACUGGUUGGCUGAAGUAGCAAAUUCAGUCUCUCAUUUUGAAAAUAAAAUUAAUGGUGAAGAUAUGUCUGAGCCUUUUGAGCGAUUGUAUUGCAAAUAGUAAAUGCAAUAAGAGGCUUACAAUAAUAAUCAUAGAAGUUAAAAUAAUAUCCUGAUUAAUUUCCACACGUUUUGCGUAUAUAUAUUUGUAACAUUUAUGUUGUUCUCUUUCGGUGUAAAUGUGCUCAUUGCAGGCAAAAAUUAUUUAUAGGAAAAUAUUGUAAAUUUUUUUAAAGUAUAAUAAUUUUCUUCUAUGUAACAAUAUUUUCAGAAUAUAUCACGAAGCUGAAGUACUCAACGUUUAUGAUAAACGAUUUUUAAAGGAAUAAUUUUUAAAAUGAAAAAUUCUAUAAUUUUUUGCCUAAAAAAUAUUUUUGUAUAAUUUGUUGAUUAAUGAAAACCACAAGAAAUAUUUUUUAGGUAAAAAAUUAUAGAAUUUUUCAUUUUAAAAAAUUAUUUCUUUAAAAAUCGUUUAUCAUAAACGUCGCGUACUUCAGCUUCAUAAUAUAUCUUUGUUUUAAAAACGGCACUAAACCGUCUUUAAAUGUAAAUCUUUAUUAAAAAUAUAUAAAACAUUA